GCGGACCCUGUUGCUGCCUUCAACUCAGAACGACUCUGACUUCCCUUAGAGAGAAGUGACGAGGGCUGAGCAGGCAAAGCAGCAGCCUACAGAAACUACAACUUUUUUUUGCUGGAAAGGAGAAGCCCUUAACCUCAACGAGAUCGACUUGAUCGGAUGCGAGACAGAGAGACAGAAGACUUUAAAGCUCUGAAGACUUUAAAAGCACCCAAGGAAGAGAAUUUUUUUUACACACUUUUGAAACGACAGAAGACGAAAGAGAAAAUGUUUUCCGGAAUGAGUCUGAUUUUUGCACUCUGCUUCACUUUCUUCGCCUGGGCAGGAGCUCAGGAGUGCCCCAGUCAGUGCAAGUGCCCUGAUGUGGCCCCACAAUGCCCCCCAGGUGACAGCUUGGUCCUGGAUGCCUGUGGGUGCUGCCGUGUGUGUGCUAAACAGCUGGGUGAGCUGUGCACUGAGAGAGAUGUGUGUGAUCCUCACAAAGGUCUCUAUUGUGACUAUGGGUCACCAAACAACCGACGAAUCGGAGUCUGCACCGCUCGGGAGGGCGCCCCCUGCGUGUUCGGAGGAAAUGUCUACCGCAGCGGCGAAUCGUUCCAGAGCAGCUGCAAGUACCAGUGUACCUGCCUGGAUGGCGCCGUGGGUUGCGUGCCACUCUGCGGCAUGGACGUAAGGCUCCCCAGCCCAGACUGCCCUAUGCCUCGCAGGGUCAAGGUGCCAGGAAAAUGCUGUGAGGAAUGGGUGUGUGAUUCCCCCCCAACCACCAACUCCUUCAUGGGCUCUUUUCUGCCAGCUUACAGAAAAGAAGAGACCUAUGGCCCAGAUCCUUCUAUCAUGCGAGAGAACUGCUUGGUUCAGACCACUGAAUGGAGUGCUUGCUCAAAGACGUGCGGCCUCGGCAUUUCCACUCGUGUGACCAACGACAACCGCGAGUGCCGUUUGGAGAAGCAGUCCCGCCUCUGCAUGGUCCGUCCCUGCGAAUCCCAUCUGGAGGAGAAAAUCAAGAAAGGAAAGAAGUGCAUCCGUACGCCUCGUGUCUCUAAACCCAUGAAGUUCGAGGUUUCAGGCUGCACCACCACCAAAGCGUACCGACCCAAGUUUUGCGGCGUGUGUACCGACGGCCGCUGCUGUACCCCCCACAGGACCACGACUCUGCCCGUCGAGUUCAAGUGCCCUGACGGCCAGAUCAUGAAGAAACAAAUGAUGGUGAUCAAGACAUGCGCAUGCCACUACAACUGCCCAAGUGAAAACGACAUCUUCGAGUCCCUCUACUACAAGAAGAUGCACGGUGACACGGCUUGAGCAAGGACAGCAUGAACCGAGCGAAGAAAAUUCCGUCCACUUGAACCAGAUUCCCAUCUCAUAUCACAGAACUGUACUCAUCUUGUUUUAUGUCUAUUGUCUUAGAUUUUUUUUGGUUUGUUUGUUGUUUUUGUUGUGCCUUUAUUUGUUAUCUGUAUUAUCAUAGCCAGUGUGUCACAAUGGAUGUUGGGGGCGUUUUGGCCUCAGAGUGGGUGAGAACGGAUAAAAACCAAACCGUCGUUAGAAAAAAAAAAAACGACAAAAUGUUACUGCACUAUAAAUUUGGCAACACACGAAUUCGUUGCUGAUUAACCUAAUUACGGUAUUUGCCUCCCCUAAAUUGUGGUGGGCGGAUCUAAAGAGUGGUGAGAGGUGAGGAGGGCAGCAGAAUUUAACCUCAGUAUAGGAGCUAGAACGCCUCACUGAUGUGAGAAAGAGAGAGAGCGAGAGAAUGAAUGUGCCCUUGUUUGUAGCUAACAAAACUCUAGCCAAGUUUUUUUUUUUGGAGAUGUUAAGACCAGCAGAAGGUGGUUCCUGCAGCACUGAGUGUCAAAACUUCGACGAACCGACUCAAAGAGAGUUGGUAUUUUGUCCGAAAGAAAAAGAAAAAAAGAAAAAAAACGACUGGACGAUUUGCAGCUUCAUUCCUUUUUUAAAAGUAUUUUCUUUGAACAAUGUAAAUAAUGUACAUAAUGUUUGUACAGAUUAAGUUAAUUUAAAUUGAAAACCUUUGUUAUUUGUCUCGCUUCAGUUUGUGUGUAAUGAUCGCUUCUUUUUUUGCGCUGACGUGACUGUUCUUGUUGCAGUUCUUGUAUUAUUUUAUUGAGAAAUGUGACCAAAAAGUUACAUGUUUUCACUUUUUUCUUUUGUAGUUUGGAAUAAAAUGUUAUAUUUUUAUAUAA